UCAACGCAGGACUUCGCGUCUCCUUCGUCGUCCUCUCUGGCGUCCCUGGGCUCGCUGGACGCCAUCGGGGGGGGCGUGGCGUCCGAGGCGAGGCGCUCCUCCAUCACCGACAUGCGGAGGCGGUCCCUGCAAGGAUACAGCCUGGGCACACUGAACCCCGAACUCUACCGUAUACCCGACCACCUCGAUGACCCGGGCAGCUACCCACCAGGUCACCUUGGCCGGGUCUUCCUCACUCUCCAUUACCACCAAGAGACAGAGAAACUACAGGUCGGUCUCCUCAGGAUCAGAAACCUACCCUCCAGGACCCUUGGCUCGAACAACGCUUGCGAUCCUUAUGUCAGACUGAGCGUCCUCCCUGACGAGCGACGUUACCUGCAAACGAAGCAAAAGAAAAAGACUUGUAACCCUGUUUUCGAUGAGCACUUCGGAUUCCACAUCCCUCUUCGGUGUGUGAGCGAGCGCAGCCUCCGAGUGAGCGUGUUCGACGGCGGCAGACACAAGCGGCAGGCGGCCAUCGGGCAUGUGAUCUACCCCCUGGCGCAGGUGCAACGGCUCCACCACCAACAACAUCAUCGUCAGAGAUCUGUCCAGGGAGGACGAGUCGGUGCCCAACAAUGACCUCGGAGAAAUCCUCGUGUCCCUGACCUUCAACGACAACCUGCACCGCCUGUCCAUCACCGUGUUCCAGGCCAAGGGAAUCAAGGUAAACGACGGCGAGGUGGUGUCAUGGGUGAAGGUGUCCCUCAUGAACCAGCGUCGGGCGGUCAAGACGAAGAAAACAACUGUGGUGGCGGCGUGCGAUGAGCCUCAGUACAACGAGUCCUUUCACUUCAGACCCCCGCCCGCCCUCGAGGGGGUCCACCUCACCCUCCAGCUGUAUGUGGCGUCGAGCUCCAACUCUAAAGGUCGUCUCGUAGGUCGCGUGAUCAUCGGAUCCUUCAUGUUCGCACGAGGUCGAGCCCUGAACCAUUGGAAUGAGGUCCUCUCGACGCCCAAGGAACCCAUACAGUUCUGGCACUCUCUCACGGAGUAGUCCUGACAACUAGCGCCCUCUCAUGGAGUAGUAACGUUAGGCCUCAAAGUAUUGUUAUUGUUCUAAAAUGUGGAAAAUGCCCAAAAAAGGUAUUCAAGUAAUUUCGUCUUCUAAAAUAACAUCUAGUCACUCUUCUUCAGUAACUGUCAUACGAUAGUUUUGUUUUGGCUCAUUUUUUAAAUCAACGCGGAAUCCAUACAUACAACAUACUGCAAAUGAAACUAUGGUUAUAUUAACAGUAACAGUAUCCCUUUCAUAUGACAACACCACCAAUAAAGACAAUAUUUACUCCAGUCUAAUGAUUGCCACUGAAUAUUUUGAUACGAGGGACAACAGGUCUAAUGUAACAAAAUUGUAUGAAAUUGUAUGAAAAACUAGUCUGUUCAUAUAUAGCUCUCCCAUCCUGGUUAAAAUGUCUAAAGACGUUUCUUUAUUUUGUUCUUAUGUCCCUUAAAUAAUCAUAAAAUGUGACUCCAUGUUGACUUUCUGAACAACAGACCUACAUUGGCACCUAUAUAGGCUUGGUACACUUCCGCUGUGUAAGAUAUCUAAAAGAUACAAAAGUGUGAUGCAGACUUUGCGAUACUUUACUACGCUGAGUUUGUGUUACAGCUUUACAUAUAUGCAUAGAAGCUUGAUAUUCUUCCGCAAAAGCUGGAUCAUUCGUUGUAGUAACUCCGUGCACAGUUUCUCCAUGAAUAUUUGACAUUGCUCUAAGGAACAAGUUUUGAUAAGCAAAGUUAUAGGAUGCAAAAAGACACUACCUUCUACCUCUAAGAUAUAAAACGAAUUCAGAAAUGAUUUAGCAUACUUUUCCCAUGCCAAGGAUUUUUCUUAGGUAUAUGCUGUCUGGAGAACAAAACACGUUAUAAAUUUUAUAAUUUAUUGAAAGAAGACAAUAUAAAUGUAAAAAAGUGACCUGUAAGAAUAGCCAUAAGAAAACAGACACCACUGUCUACAGAAACAAAAUGGUUCUUUUAUUUAUAAUAAUGUAUGCUCUCAUAUAUAUACUGCCGCAGAACUGUUGGCCGCCGAAUAUGCAGGGAAAUUAAACCUAUUACCUAAGAGAACUAUAUACUCAUAUAUCCUCCUAAAGCUGUAGGUGCUUUCUUUGCUUCAAUUAGAACCAACUAUAUCUGGUAUCUAUACUCGUAUCAGGUGUUGUUAGUAGCUAUAUGAGUUAAAAGUAAUUUCGCCUUCAUCUCUCGACAGAAGACCUGUUUCAAGAACCGCCUGUUAGUAGAAGCACCUGUGACUGCCAAGAGUAGCAGCCUGGUAGUACGUAAGCGGCAGUUACUCAAAUUUCUGCUAGAUUUCGAAGCAUCUUUGUCGAGUAGUCUUAGAAAUUUUGUCCUAAGGAAAGGAUGUGUUAUCUGUCUUGACAAAUCUAGAGAGACUGAUAACGGCCUACUGAUAACCGCAUCACUUGGUGCUAGUAUCCUUGUCUGAUAGUCUAGAUAACAGGGUUCUCUUCCUAAAAGUUUAAUAACAUCCAAGUUCUACACAAAUAACUUGUCUCGUGUCAGCAAGUCUUACCGAUCUCGAUAAGUCUCUCAGUGAUGAUGACGUCACCAUCUGCAGGCGGUCCUCCUGCCAUCUAGUGACGACGUUGCCAGUUAGGGAUAUCGAUAUAUGAAAUUGUGGUAAAUAUUGGCAACUUUAGCCUAGCAAUUCUCAGGAAGUCAUAUUAAUCAGAGAUAAAGUACAGUUUUAUAGACAACAACUCUGUUACGGGAAAAAAAUAAUAAUGAUGAAAAGAUGAGCAGAUUUUAUUGAGAUGACAAAUAAUACAGAUUCAUGUUGAUAUGAAAUCAAAUAUACUUUAAAUGAGCAAAGAGAAGAAGCAUCAUUUCGAUCGACGCGAAGGAGGGACAAGCAAGAG